UCCUCACGUCCAUCCUUAACAUGAUUGUUCGCGCAGCAGCGUGCCCUCUUCACAAACAGUCGGGGGAUGUUAAACUAGUGAGGACCACUUUAAAAGCGACAAAAAUAAAAUAAAAGUCAGAAUGUGAAUGCUCAAAAAUAUAUGUUAUAAACAUCUCUUACUCUUCUUUUUUCAUUUUUAUUUCUAUUUUUUCAUUUUUUUUAGCAAUAUAACGUGACAAUAAUUCAUUCAACCCCUCCACAGACUAAAUGGUACGGUCCCGCCCUCGGUUGCUAGGAGACAGCGAACGCCUAAGCUCUAGAAAUACAGCGCAGAGAAAAACUCUCCCUCACGCCAGUCCUCACUUAGCGAGUGAUAGCGGUUCUACUCGACUCGUCUCUGUACCGGGGGGGAAUGUGUCGGUGGAUUAACGGUACCGAACCACCACGUUCACAUGCUGUCAUCUCACCGUCAGAACGUCACACUGAGCUGAGUUAAACUGUUGACAAUGGCCGCCGACUUCACUCAAGAGACCAUUCUGGACUUUUUGAGGGAGCGAGGAGGCAAGGUGAAGAACACGGAUUUAAUUGAGCACUUCAAGGCCGUGUUCCCGGAGGACCGCGAGAAGAAGGCGGCCGUCAGGAACACAUUUAAAAACUACGUGGACAACGUCGCUUUUGUAAAAACCGAGAGCAGCGAAAAAUACGUCUGCUUGAGGAAGAAGUUUCUCGGUUCGGCAAAGGAGCAGCGGGGCUCGAGUGUGAACGGUGAAACUGACCCAGGGCAAGUUUCGAACGAGCGGAAUCCGUUGAGCCGUUACCCGUCAGGAGCGCACCGCGCGGACUGCGGGCAGGUACGCGGUGAUGACGCGGAGGAGGACCCAGCCCUCCCUCGCUCAGCGGGGCAACCAACACCUGGCUCAGGUUACGGAAAUGACAGCGGGGAGAGCCAAGUUCCGCCCGAAUCUUCUCCUGCAGCGAGGAAAGCAGGCGACAGGAGAGAGCGUGACGAGUUCGUUUGUGUGGUUGAGGAGGCGGAAAACAGCUCAGGUGAGAUGGGAAACCGAGAAAGCUUCCGAAGAGGGAGUAGGGAGUCCAAGAAGGAGGAGCAGCAGGGGGGGAGAGCGCCUGAGAUACCAGAUAUUGCAGUGAUUGAAGCCUCACCUCUCCCUGCAGAGGGAUCUAUGUUCACCCUGCCUGGGCCUGUACAAACCGGUACAGCAGGACAGGUAGACACGUCUGCGGCUGGGCUGAAUCCCAGAGACAGACAGGUUGAGACUCUUUUGCCUGAAGGCCCUCAGGAAAUGGAGCAGAAUAAUGUGGUGAUCAGGCACCAGGCAAGAGGUUCCCAGCGCAGAGCCAGACCGCUGCCGGCAGACGAAGGGGAGGACGAACAGCAGUCGGAUGCGCAGAGCUUGUCCGAGUUUGGGAGUGAAGGCUCCCCCAAAGGCAGCCGCCAACACUUCAUCGAGGUCAUGAUGAACAGCUCCCCCCAGGUGAGGCGCAGCAUGGUGCUGCGCAGCUCGGUCAGCCUGUCCAACAAAAGUGACAGUGACUCGCUGUCCUUGACCUCCUUCGUGGACGACGACAGGGCCUCGGUCACCCUGGACCCGCUGGAGCACGAGUGGAUGAUGUGCGCCUCGGAUGGCGAGUGGUCGAGCUUGCACCACCUCCUCGACUCUGAGCCCAGCCUGGUCCUGAGGAAGGAUUUCGUCACUGGUUUCACCUGCCUGCACUGGGCAGCCAAGCACGGCAAGCCUGAGCUGAUAGCGCUGAUCAUCAACUUCGCCAAGCAGCACAACGUUCCCAUCAGCGUUGACGUGCGAUCCAACUCCGGCUACACGCCGCUGCACAUAGCUGCCAUGCACAACCACAUGGAGGUGGUGAAGCUCCUGGUGGGGGCCUACAAUGCAGAUGUGGAACUCAGGGACUACAGCGGGAGGAAGGCCUGCCAGUACCUCACUGACAACGUGAGCGUGGACAUACGGGACAUCAUAGGAGCGUACGAGCGUUCUGACUCAGCGAGUGCAGACCGCAGAGACGGUGGUCGCUGGAGGUUCUCUAAGGUUCUCCAGUCUAACCUCAGGCCCAGCAGGCUCCUCAGCCCCAGUGACUGUGACUCUGUGGAUGGGGAGGUUCGAUACAGAGAGAAACCCGUCAGGAGGAAGUCAUCAUUCAGAGGGGUGAAGCCCAAACUGGACAGGCUCCGCCUGAGGACGUCGCAGAUUGUCCACAGCGUGUCGUUCCGUGACACAGAGGAGCUGCAGUCACUGAGAGAUUCCUUUAGGUCCAGACCCAAGACUCAUUUCUUUGGGUGAGAUCAGUUCAGGAAAUGGUGUACAGGACAUUAGGACACGACAUUUAACACACAAAUGUGUCACAAGGAUUAUAAAAUUGUCCAGUUGGACUCAGUUUUACGGGGGAAAUGUUAUAAAUGAAUCAUAGACCUGCUCAGUUUGGAAAGUGUCACCAGAUGACUUUUGUUGUGAAUCGCAGCUAUAAAAAUAAAGGUUGACUGAUUUACUUUGAGUCUCCACAGCGACAAUCGAAUAUGUUUCUGAUUCUGAUGUAUUUCAUAAUUAAAUGAUGAAUAUUUGUAUCUAUAUUUGCCGCAGUUAUUUUCAUUAUGGGGUGAGUCGGCACAUGUAUCAACAGGGCCUGAUGACAGGUUUGAGGAAGUAUGUUGUGGGGGAAGUGAUGAGGUAGAAGAGCUGAACAUGUUUUCUGGACAAAAGAAGCUGCUGCUGCACAGAAUGAGCUGUAUGAUGGACCACGUGUGUUGCUGGCCAGGCCUGCUGGGUGGCAUGGACAGAUCUGGGCCCUGUAUACUAUGUAUAGUCUGACAUUGGACAAAGUAAAUAAAACAAGUACAUUUAAGUUGAACACGUUUCUAACUGCAACUUUAGACUGUAAGAAAGCAUUCAACAUGACAGAACAUCCGUUCAUAACCCAGGUGCUACAGCGUUGUGAAUAUGGACUGAAAUGACUCACAUUCUGUACAGUAUUAAUAAAACAAGCUGAGUUCUAUUGGAGGCUUGUGUUUAUCAUAUUAAUGCUUGCAGCUAGAACUUUCCGGCGAUCACUUAUUUUUGUUCUGCGUUCUACCUCAAAUGUGGGAGCUGUGAGAACACAGUGCGGAUGGCGACCUCUGUGAUGUGGCUCUCUCAGAGCCCAAACUAAAGCCUCUCAACCUUGAGCCUGCUAAUCUGAGCCGCUGCAGGCAGAUUUCUUGCGUCACAAGGUUGUGUUGCGAGGCCAGGCCGGAGGCUUUUAGGAGAGCUGCGCUGCUCUUGAGUGAUUUUACUUUUCAUAUUUUCCAGGACCAGAAAUUCAGUCUGGUGAAUCAUGUCACCAGCAUUAGAGGGCAAAGUAGAGUUACAGCCAUCUGGAGGGGGUGAAAUCCAAGAAACUGGAUCAUUUGGUUAAGUCCCUGCACAGCACUGAUAUAUAAUAUUUUACAAACUGUUUAAUGAAUGAGAUCCAUCCAUAACAUGGUGGAUGGGAUCUAUACUGGACAAUAACACUAUCAAAGCAUCAUAAAAGAGAAAUUUAGAGCUAAAGAAAUCCUGAAAUUUGGCAUCACUCAUGAAUCUCAUGAUGCGUGAACACAUUCAUUUAAUCCACAACAUGCUGCUUCAUUUGAGAACUCGCUGUACAAGCUUUGCAUGUCAAGCUGCAUUAAGCUCUUAGCCAGAGGCCUGUGGAGGCGAAGGAAGGCCGACUGUGUACACGUCAGGGAAACACUUUAUCAAAGGUGCAUUUCCGCGAUGUCAUGCACUCAGAAUUUUGGGGCACCAAAAUUAGUGGGCAUGGUUUUCCACUUAGAAGUUGAUAAAGUGGUUUCAGCAUCAUAAAAACUGAAUUUUCAGCUCCUGUAGGGUUUGAGAGUGCAUCUUUCAGGUAUGUGAAUGCAUCUUGACACUGAGUCCAUUGGAAGGUUGCAUUUUCAUUUUCUUUUCCGAGAGAGCAUGCAGCAGGACACUGUGACGUGCAAAUUUCCUGAUGAACUUGCUGUAAUAUGAACAAAGUGCCAAGAAGGCUCUUAGUUCAGCUGCUGAGUGUGGAGCUGGCCAGACUUGAACACUUCUCAUUUUUGUGGGUAUGGCUACUGACCUUGGGAAAGUUGUUAGUUUCAUUUAUCCAUUUUUUUUGUACCAGGCUGUAAACAUAUUUAAUUCUGCUGUAAAGUUUGGCAUUUUAGCUUUAGCUCAAGGCCGACCCUGCUUAGCUUAUGAGAUUUGACCAGAUCUGGCCAAUCCAGGGUGGUGUGGCAUUAAACGACAGCUGCCUAUAAAGCAAAUGCACACCUUUAGAUCGCCUUUUGUUCAUUUCUUUGCAGUACAGGCAUGUACAGAGUUCCCUAAGGGUCAUGGUGAGAACUGUUUUUAGGAACACUUUCGCGUAACCUUGCAUGGUUGUGACACACACACACACACACACACACACACACACACUCUCACUCAAGUUGAGACAAUUACCAGUAAGUCAAAAUACUGCUGACAACUUCAGAAUGACUCACUUGCAGCACUGCCUUAAACAUAAUCACCUCCAAUGUCAUGUUUUUGUUUUUUUUUGUUUCUUUCAUUUCUUUUAAUAAAUUAGAGUGGUAUAUUCUGCAUGCAAUACCGCAUUAACCGUUUUAGGUUUUCAUCUUUCACAGGAAAAAAUAAAUAAAUAAAUAAAUAAACACAAAAAUCCCUUAAAAGUCCAGAUGAAGCUGCUUGGAAAAAGGGUGGUUGGAGAAGCCACAGCAUGAAAGCGAUGUACACAGUUUGCGGUUGCAUAGUACAGUACAUGAAGUUCCUUUUAAAACAGCAUGCCGUUUUUGUAUUGCACAUCACUGAAACUUUGUAUACUGGACCUUGCUGUUGCUCCGACUGUCCCGCACGGGUCUUCCGUUUUAUUUCAGCACAUGUACACAGCAAGUAGCAUUUCUCAAAGACAUUAUGUACAUUUGUUAUAAAAAUAAUCAACAGCAAAUAUUCAUCUAUGACUUUUCUACUGGAAUAAAUAUUUGUUCAUUUGCUUCUUUUCGUGUGUUUUUUUUUUUUUUUUUUUCCUCAUUUAUUUUACAGUUUA